CUCCCCGGGUUCUCCGGCUCCCCGCAGGCUCUCUCGAUGCCCUCGGACCGGAGCGCGGCAGCGGCUGGAUGUUGGAGCGUUGGGACCCUCUGAGCCCGGGGAGGUGCUUUACCACCAGAAAUCUCCUGCACGGUUUCCAGACACCGUUUCAGAUUAUCGAUUUAUUUAUUUAUUUACUUUGCUCUAAUGAAUGUAAUUAAACAGUGGGAAUGUGUGCAUGGAAACUGGGACCGGCCCCCAGCUGUGCUGUGAUGGUCCUUGGUCAGAGCAGAGCACCAUGACUAAUAUUUGUAGGAUCAGCUACUAGCAGUAGCCCGUGGGAGAAGGUGAGGAUGCACUGCCAGAGGGCAGAGGCGAGGUGAAGCAGCCCAGACAAUGCACAUACUUUGCAGGUACUGGGAACUGGCAGUAGGCACAGCCUACCAGAUCCAGCAGGCAUCUGGGUAACUGACCCCAGUGAGCUGUCUUGGGAUUCAGCAUCCAGCUCAAGCAGUAGGAGGAAAGAUGCUUGAUUGUAAAGCUAACCACAGAAACCCUCUCUUUGCAGAGCCCGCUCUGUGGUCCUCCAGCAGCGACAUCGUUCAUCCAGUCAAGGUUGACGAGAGCGGAUCCUUCCUGUCCUACGACUUGUCCCACCGAGCCCUUCACAGAAGGUCUCUUUCCUCUAAGAACAAGUUUCUUGCUUUCUAUGAACUGCAUUACAAAGGACAACCCCUGAAAUUCAACCUGAGCCUUAACAUCAACCUCCUCACCCCUGGGUUUGUCAGUGAGAGGCGGUAUGGGGGAAUCGCCGAUGCCAAGAUCCAGUCCCACACGUAUAACUCCUGCCAUAUGAUCGGGGAGGUUCAGAGCCGGACACUGAAGGGAGGCCUGGCUGCGCUCAGUACGUGUGAUGGGCUGAAAGGUGUGUUUCGGCUCAUGAACGAGGACUAUUUCAUUGAACCAGUAGCCACCAGCUUUCCUGAGGAUGCAGCAGCACAGCCCCACAGGGUAUAUAAACGCCAUGCUCCUGAGCACCCGGGAGAGCAAGACAAAAAGCGGCCAGCAGCAUGGGCAGCCUGCGGUGUGCAAGAAUCUCAGGAAAGCCUAGAGAAGUCUGAGAAGCGGAGGGAAAGAUGGGAACGGAAACAAUACAGGAAGAGAAGAAUAAAGCAGCGUUCCAUCAGCAAGGAGAAGUGGGUGGAAACGCUAGUGGUGGCAGACACCAAGAUGAUAGAAUACCACGGGAGUGAGAACAUCGAGAAGUACGUGCUGACUGUGAUGAACAUGGUGGCGGGGCUGUUCCACCAUGCCAGCAUUGGGAACCCCAUCAACAUUGCUAUCGUGCGACUCAUCCUGCUGGAGAAUGAAGAGGAGGAUCUGAAAAUCUCCCACCAUGCAGACAACACCUUGAAGAGCUUUUGCAAAUGGCAGAAGAGCAUUAAUGUGAAAGGAGAUUCCCAUCCCUUGCAUCAUGAUGUUGCAGUCCUGCUCACAAGGAAGGACAUCUGCGCAGCAAUGAACAGACCCUGUGAGACCCUGGGUCUGUCCCACGUGGCGGGGAUGUGCCAGCCCCACAGGAGCUGCAACAUCAAUGAGGACACAGGGCUGCCCCUGGCCUUCACUGUGGCCCACGAGCUUGGACACAGUUUUGGGAUUCAGCAUGAUGGAAGCAGCAAUGACUGUGAGCCAGUUGGGAAAAGACCUUUCAUCAUGUCUCCACAGCUCCUGUAUGACACGUCCCCACUCACCUGGUCCCGCUGCAGCCGGGAGUACAUCACACGGUUCCUCGACCGGGGCUGGGGGCUGUGCCUGGAUGACCCCCCUGCUCGGGAGGUGCUGGACUUCCCCCUGGUGCCCCCGGGCGUCCUCUAUGAUGUGAGCCACCAGUGCCGCUUGCAGUAUGGUGCCUACUCCACCUUCUGUGAUGACAUGGAUAGUGUCUGCAACACACUGUGGUGCACAGUGGGGACCACAUGCCAUUCCAAGCUGGAUGCUGCUGUUGAUGGGACAACAUGUGGGGAGAACAAGUGGUGCUUCAAUGGUGAGUGCGUGCCCGUGGGUUACCGUCCUGAUGCUAUCAAUGGCAGCUGGGGGCCCUGGAGCUCAUGGGCUGCCUGCUCACGGAGCUGCGGUGCGGGGGUGCAGAGCGCCGAGAGGCAGUGCAGCAACCCCACGCCAAAGUAUGGGGGCAGGUACUGCCUGGGAGAACGGAAACGAUUCCGGAUCUGCAACAUCAAGCCCUGUCCUCCCAACAAGCCGUCCUUCCGCCAGGUCCAGUGCAGCCAGUUCAACCCCAUGCUUUACAAGGGGAAGCUCUACAAGUGGACACCAGUGCCUAACAAUAUUAACCCCUGUGAGCUGCACUGCCGGCCGGAGGACGAAUACUUUGCAGAAAAGCUGCGGGAUGCCGUCAUCGAUGGGACCCCGUGCUAUGAAAUGAACUCCAGCCGGGACAUGUGCAUCAACGGCAUCUGCAAGAACGUGGGCUGCGACUAUGAGAUCGACUCCAACGCAGUGGAAGAUCGGUGCGGUGUCUGCCACGGGGAUGGCUCCACCUGCCACACUGUUAAGAAGACGUUUGAGGACAGCGAGGGACUGGGUUAUGUUGAUAUUGGGAUUAUCCCUGUUGGAGCCCGAGAGAUCCGGAUUGAAGAAGUCGCAGAAGCUGGAAAUUUUCUGGCACUGAGGAGUGAAGACCCAGAGAAGUAUUUCCUGAACGGUGGCUGGACCAUCCAGUGGAACGGGGAUUACAGGGUGGCAGGGACCACUUUCACCUAUGAGAGGACGGGAAACUGGGAGAACCUCACCUCUCCAGGGCCCACUGUGGAACCUGUGUGGAUCCAGCUGUUGUUCCAGGAAACCAACCCUGGUGUGCGCUACCAGUACACCAUCCAGCGGGCAGCUGACAGCGAGAACGAGAUCGAGCGGGCCGAGUUCCUGUGGCGCUUCGGCUCCUGGACCACGUGCACCGCCACCUGUGGCACCGGGGUGCAGAGGCAGAUUGUGCACUGUGUGGAAAAGCUGGCUGGCAUCGUGGAGGAGCAGUACUGUGACACACUGACACGGCCUGAUGACCAGCAAAGGACGUGCAAUGAGGAGCCCUGCCCAGCAAGGUGGUGGGUUGGUGAGUGGCAAAAAUGCUCAGCCACAUGUGGGACGUCAGGGUUGAUGAAGAGGACAGUGCUCUGCAUCCAGAGUGUGGGAUUGGAUGAGCAGAGAGCUUUGCAGCAAGCAGAUUGCCAGCACCUCUCCAAACCAGAAGCCACCGCUCCCUGCCAUCGGGAUGUCCCCUGUCCCUCUCAGUGGGCUGUGGGGAACUGGUCAGAGUGCUCAGCAACAUGUGGGAAUGGAACACAAAGACGCCCUGUUUACUGCAGCAAUAAUACUCAAGCAACUUGUGACCCUGCACAAAGACCCAGCUCGGAAACUAUUUGCUCCUUGCCACAGUGCCAGAAGAAAUUAGACAACGCCAACACUGACUGGUCUGGCAGCGGCUCUUCCAGCAGAGAGAUUUUUAAUGAAAUAAAUUACAUUCCAAAUAACCAUAUUCCCCAAUUUAACCCCAUAAUUCCAAAUAUCCCCGAGUCCAAUGAUGUCAAUAUCAUAACUGAAGACGACUUCUCAACCAGAAAGGGAAAUUUCUUUGUUGAUGAUUUUUACUAUGAUUACAAUUUUAUCAACUUUCAUGAGGAUCUGUCAUACUACCCCUUCACUGAGAAGGAGACCAAAAGCGAGGGCCCUAAGCCAGAGUGGAGCAGCAACGAUGUGGAGGAGUCUCCUGAGAUGCCCGUGGAUGUCCUGCACACCAGGAAGCUGGGAGGAGGAGAACAUGAGGAAGAUCUGGUGAAGGAAGACAAAGCAAAUGUUUCUGCUCCUGCGCAUGGCAAAGAGGAGACUGAGUCAGGAGGUUUGGUCUUUAGCAACCUAUUUGGUGUGUUCCCUGAGGGUGAAGAAAUGGGGACAGCCACUCCCAGUGCCACUGCUCCUGCUCUCACAAGGAAUGAGGGGGAAGACCUGUCUGUGCCCUAUUCCAAGGAUCCACUGCCCACCCAGCCCGCAGUGAGUCAUGGCUCCACCAGCAGCCUGCUGCUCCCUAGGCUUUCCCUGGGUGCUACACUGGUGGGCACCAGUCCUGCAUGGGAUGCUCCAGCUCACAGCCUUGAUUCCUGGACCCCGACCAGUCCCUCUACACUGCUGCCCAUUGACAGGGACAGCCCUGGUGCAGGCGGUACACCUGAUAGUCUGCAGCCUGUGGGAGAGCCUGCAAACAGAGUCCAGGACCGUGCAAGCACAGUGGCUCCUGAUAGUGUAGGCAGCACUAAGGAGGGCCAUGAAAACUCAAGGGAAAUGGGAUUUGUCAUCACUGGUAAUAAUAACAGCGCUGCCUCAAAGACCAAAGAGCAGGAAGAGUGGGCAGAAAUACCAGCACUGGAGGGGACUGCACACACACAUGCAGCAACGGUGACUGAAGAGCAGCUGCGUGUGACAGAUAGGGUGGCUCCAAACUCCCCCACUGCACAGAGCCCACAGCAGGAGAUGGGAAGGCAUGUGGAAGGUCCCAGUGAGAGCCCCUAUCCUGCAGAUGCCACCGUGGGCCCUGGAGGAGAGGCAGGGCAGCAGCCAGGGAACCACAGCCAUCUGUCUCUGAUGUUGGCUCCCUUAGUGGCCACCACAACAUCGCUGCCACCAGUGCCUGUGUCCCCCACCACGCUGGGACCGCUGACACAGCUCACUGCCGGUGACCUCACCCCACAAGGCGCCCUGGUGCCAGCCAUGCCAGCAUCCCCAGCUCACAGCCCUCCCACAGGAGCAUCACCCUCCGAGCCCUCAGCAGUGCCGGGGGCUAAAUGGGGACCAAGGGCAACACAGGUGCCUUACCACACAGUGCCAGCAUCCCCCGGCACCCAGCAGCACUCCAGCGUGGCUCCAAUCAGCCACACAGCUCCUGAGGAGCACUCACCAUCAGCAGCCCCAGGGACACUUGCUUACGGUGCUGGGGAGCACGAGGUGCCCCAGCCCACCCCCACACCUCUGCCAGCCUGGGAGCAAGAGGAGGCUUUGCUGCUGCCUCCUACCACCAUAGCAGGCACUGCAAUGCCCAGCUGGGAGGUCGGCAACUGGAGCGAGUGCUCGGCCACCUGUGGUGUGGGUGCCAUCUGGCGCAGCGUGCGCUGCAGCACCGGCACUGAGCAGCACUGCGCCGCCGCCAGCAAACCCGUCCCUGCUCGGAGGUGUUCCCUGAGACCGUGCUCGUCCUGGCGUGUGGGGAACUGGAGCAAGUGCUCCAGGAACUGUGGUAGGGGCACAAAGGUUCGGGACGUGCACUGCGUUGACACCAGAGAGCAGCGGCUGCUGCGGCCCUUCCACUGCCAGGCUGUUCUCUACAAACCACCGGCGCAGCUGCCCUGCCAGAACGCACCGUGCCUGGACUGGUACACGUCCUCGUGGAGAGAGUGCUCGGAGCCAUGUGGUGGAGGGGAGCAGGAGCGCCUGGUGACGUGCCCAGAGCUGGGCCACUGUGAUGAGACACUGCGGCCCAACAACACCCGGCCCUGCAACAGCCACCCCUGCACCAAAUGGGUGGUGGGCUCCUGGGGACAGUGCUCAGUGCCCUGUGGAGGGGGCAUCCAGCGGCGCCAGGUGAAGUGCAUCGACACACAGACUGGGCAGGCACAGGAGGACAGCAGCCUCUGUGACCACGAGCCGUGGCCUGAGAGCACGCAGAAGUGCAACCUGCGGAACUGCGAAGGCACCGAGGCAGGCUUCGUUUGUGAGCGUGACCGCUUGACGUUCAGCUUCUGCCAGACCCUGCGGGUGCUGGGAAGGUGCCACCUCCCGACAGUCUACAUCCAGUGCUGCCAAAGCUGCCGCCAGCACGGGCACCACGGGGCUCCUGACCAGGACCGCGGGGACGAGCGGGCCUCCAGGAGGUGACAGGGCCAUCCCGAGCCCAGAAAGCACCUGGACCCGUGGCGGCUCUGGGAGCAGCCCUGCGGCACAGGAGGGAGCUGGGGACCAGCCAGCCGUGCUGCUCUGUCACUGCACAGGGUGGUGCAGCCCAAGAUCCACACGGUGCUCUUGCAAAACACGGGGAAGGCAUGAUUUGUUUCAUUUGUGCUACACUAUAACGGUGCUCAAACGGGCCCUCUGAGAAGUAUGUCUGGUUGGGCCGGGGGUGCAGGUCUCACCAAGUGUGCUGUGCCAGAAUGGGCACAGCUCUGUUAGGGUCACAGCCAUCACUGAGCAGUCACAGAGAGCAUGUUAGGGAAGGGAAACUUCAAGCAGCAAUUAUGCGGGGAGUCUUCUCAGAAAUGCUAAUGGUGCUAUCGUUUGAUAUUUUCAGCCUCUUGAUAGUGUUGGCAGGCCAGCACAGAACUCUUGAUUUCUAUUGUAAUUUUUAUAUGUAUAAAAUGAGUAUCAUUCCACCAGUACAGCUGACCAUUUGGAUUUUUUUUCCCCCCUUAAGGGACUGGAAGUUGGCAACCCAUUUCUAUAAUUUUCAUUGGAUUGUUUAUGCACUGAAGCUAAAUAACCAUAAUUUCAGAAACGGAGAGAGAUCAGAGGAAGAAAGCCUUCAGCCUUAGUCACCACCAGAAGCCCUGGGCUCGCAGUGCAUGCAAGGGCUCUGCCCUCUUUGUGCUGAUGGCUUCAUCUGCAAAAGCCCCCACCCGUGUGCGGAGCAGAGGGGCUGGCUGGGGACACAAGGCAGGAAUGAAAUGAGAGAUUGCUUUGGAGUCAAACAGUGUAGGCCCUUGCAUGGAUCAGAGAAAGAGCUGGAAAGCUGUUCUAGCCCCAGCUGUGAGCAAUGUGUGUGCAUGGCAAACACUGCUCUUGUUUGGCCACAUCCUUCCUUGUGAAAGCCCAAAUGGCAAAGUGAAUUGUACUUACACAACUGGAUUUCAGCAUGCAGUUACACUGUAGAACUUUAAUGGUUGGUUAAGGUGUUUUUCUGUGCUCUUACCAAGCUAAAAACCUUUCUGCUUAUGUAGAUGCACUUCUGUUAAAGUUAGUCGGUUCUUUUUUACUAUAGUAAGUGCUACUGUAUGAGAGGCACCCGGCAGCUGGUCCGGCAGUGCUCGUAUGUUAAUCCUUGAGGCCUUAGGGAGGAUUUGCUGUUAGGUUGGCUCCUGGAGGAGGGCGGGUGCAUUUUGGUAGCACGUCCUUUCUGUAUUACUCUGCAGGCUGAGAAACUGGGAGACUGUGAACACAGCGCUGCUUGUGCUGAGCUCAGUGGAAAAAGGACAGAGCCCAGCAUCACUGCAUUGCAUGGAGCAAUGUGGUCACACGCAGACCUAAGUUAAGUUGUACUGUCUGGAACAACUGCAGCACUGUGUCACGUAACAAGGGGAAUUCCUGUCUAUGACUUGCAUGUAAAACACAAGCCAUGAUUUCACCAUUUGUGUUGUAUUCCUUUCCAACGUGGUGUAAAUUUUUACAUUUUAAGAGCCUGUGUUCAUUCCUGUUUUCUUUUGGGUUGGCACCGUCUGUCCCUUGCUUCUGUCAACGCUCCUAGGUUUUGCUAAGGAAUAGCUAGCUCUAAACGUGCUGGGUUUUAAUGGCUGUUGCCCACAAGUGUGUUAAAUUAAACAGUUAUUGAAGGAAAUUGAAGGGUUUCAUAUUUUCUCUUCCCCUUGGGGAAUUCUAAAGGGCUUUUCACUGAAAACUCAGUUAAGUGGAGGCAGUUUAGGUCCUGGCAGCAGCAGGGGUUUGAUUGCUCUCAUCUCAGCUGCAGCAGAGAGGAGCAAUCGGUUUGCAUCUGAAAAUCAUUUAAGGCUGCCCACAGAAACUGGGAUUUGUGUGAUUACAAUCUGAGCUCUGUAGAUUUGAGGUAAAGCACUGGUGCUCCCGGAGCUAAAGGCUUCAGCCUCUGAUCUGUGGUGCAAAUUGAUUCAUUGCAGUGCUAACCAUAACAGCGAAGCAAACCCCGUGGUGUUCUGCAUGUGACACCACAGGCAGUCCAGGCAGCACAUUGAAAUUCAAGUGUUUGUUGAAAGAAUCAUGUAAAUUCUGCCUGAAUUAUACGCAUUCAGUACAUUGGAGGUGAAGCAUUAUGUGUAAGGUACUGGUGUAACUCAGUGCCAUGAUGCAGUCGCUGAGCUGCCCUUUCUGUCACCCAGCAGUGUGCAGUUCUGGGGGCUGCAGCUGUGCCAGCUGUCAUUUCUUCCCAGAACUCGCCUCAGUUUUCCAGAGUCGCGAUUCUCUUUUUUCCUUAGCACAUCUGACAAUGCUUACUCAUUUUCCUAGCACUGUUUGUGCCCCAGUACCACCAGGAAAGGUGUGGCCUUUAAAUUGCCGUGCUUGCUGAGCUUGGCGGCCGGCUGCGUGCCAUCCAACACUGCAGGCACAGCUCAUGGCAGUCACUGCAGGCACAGCUCAUGGCAGUCACUGCAGGCACAGCUCAUGGCAGUCACUGCAGGCACAGCUCAUGGCAGUCACUGCAGGCACAGCUCAUGGCAGUUGCACGCUGCCAGCACUGUGCCAGGACGCAGAGCAGCAGAGCUGGGUGCUGCUCACAGCGCUGAGCACAUGCAGGCAUUGGGCCGGGCAGUUCCCUCCCAGAGGACUCACUAUUAACAGCCCGUGCACAAGGAAAGCCCUAAGCAAUGCUUUUUGUUGCAGAUACAGGAUAUGUGGUUACCAGGAUGCAUUCAAUUUGUCAUUGUAAGAUACUUUUGGUUCAUUACUUCAGAAAGACCCCAUUGAAGACCAACUCUGCAAAACACGUAUGCUUCAUUUGCCACACAGUAAAGGCGGGUUUCCCACUAAUUGUGAACCUUCCCAAUGAGGGACUCUUAAGUCUCGCUGACCUUUGUCUGCUCAGUUUUACUCGGCCCAUGUGAAGAAUAUUGGAUUCCUCUGCUAAGCUGUCAGGUGCUGCAGGGAAUUUUGUUCUUGCAGCCAGUUCACCUCCCCACUGGGUUAAAGCAGUGGGUGCUGCAGGCUGGGUUUAGGGCAGGAAUGCACACUGAUACAAAUCUGGGCAAGCUUAAUCACAGCACCUACCAGUACUGGAGCAAUGCAAAGCUAGGAAAUAUCUCCUGUUCCAAAUGAAUUGGUCUUAAUGUUUGGUGCCAUUGAAGAUUUCGAUGUACGUGGUGUAAACGAUGCCAUCCCCUGCCUGCAGCACAGGCUGACUGCAGGCUGCUGCCAUCUCCCCCUUGUGCACCUAUUCACAUCUGUGUGUAAAUACAUAGAGAGUCACCUACAGAUAGGUUUCUCUCUGCUUUGCACAGCUGCAGGCCUCCACAUGCUGACCCCGGGCUGCCUCAGCACACCCAGUGCAGGCUCAGAACAGACACUCAUAAGUAGCUUUUUCCUAUAUUUGCCACAGAGGAAAUAGAAAAAAAACAGUAUAUUUUUUAAAGAGGGAUUCAGCAAAGUUUCCUGAUACUUAUUGUAAACAUCAGCUGCUAAUUACCAAGCAGGGAAAGAACUGCUCACAGGUUUUACUUGCCAUGUUUUGGAAUAAUGCAUCCUGAGCUCAGAGAAAGAUUUGGAACAAGGGAAAACCAUCACAUCGCACAGCUUCAUUCCUGAGGAUCUGUUGAUGAAAUGAAUGUGAGAAGUGAUUCUGUCCUGAAGGCAGUCAGCCCUGGAGCACAGCCUUGACAUGAUGUGCUCAGGAUCAGAGCAGGAGCACCGGGGUCAUACAGGCAUCAGACCCAAACAGCAGUUUCAGCUCAUCUCACAUUCAGUGCGAAGCUCCUCAACCAGACCACUUCUCCCACAGAGCACUUGUUAAAUCUCGCCUGCUGUUUUCAUUAUGAUUACAGAAAUACAGAAAUAAAUGAGAUUUUUCCUCCCAAAUGUUACUAUUUCUGCAACUGCAGUCACAAUUUAAACCUCCCUGGUACCCACAACACUGAACGUCCUUAAUGCCGAAGGACUUUGCUUGCUUUUUUCAGGGCCAGUUGUAAAUACAAAACCUGUUUCUCUGCAGGCUUUCUGUUUAUGGUUGUGAAGACUUUUACUUACAAACAGCCCAUCUCACUGCAUGCAAGGUGCUGACACCAGGGCACUGCUGUGCCCUCACUUGGAGGCGGUGGCCCCCGGAGG